CGUGCAAUCGUGACAGUUGUUCUGAAAAUGAUCAAAUUUAUUCUUUUAAUAAUUUUACCCGUGGUUCUGGGUUCACAGAAUGAGGUAACUUAUACAUUCCAUAACUAUGCUGCAACCUUCGAAAAUGCCAAGUUAAUAUGCCAACGAGAAGGUGGAAGAAUUGCUGUCGUUACCUCCAAGGCAGUAGAGGAUAAAUUGCAGCGAAUAUUCUGGAGUGCGGCACCUAUCAUUGGCGCGUACAGGCGAUGGAAUAAUCAAGCUUUCAUCGGGAUGCAGUACUCAAAUGGGCUGUGGCUGACAUUGGAUGGAAAGCGUCCAUACAUUCAUUGGAGUCGCACCUGGUAUGGAGGACAACCAAGUAAUCCUGCUAGGCAAAGAUGUGGUAGUUUGUUAAGACAAGGAGCGAUGGAUGAUGUGCAGUGCCACGUCCCGCUUGCUUUCUUCUGUGAGAAAACGCUACCUAAAGAUUACGGUUAUUAAUUUUGUGUGUCUAUUGUUCUUCACAGUUCUUAAUUUUGUAAUUUUUUUUUACAAUUCGUUAUUGUUAAGAUCGUGUAAGUUUAUCUAGAUUUAUGAGAUUGUCGCAGAUUGAGUAUUUUGCGACCUUUAUUCAAAUGCUCUUUUUGUUGGUAUUGAUUGUCACAUCAUGUAGCAACACCCGUUGGUUGAGCUGAUUGCUAAUUGACUCAUGCCUGCUGGCUGUCAGAGUAGACCUUCUCCAACUAGUGUGGUCCUUUUUAAACAUACCACUACAGAAUGAACUUGCACGGUCUUAUCAUUUUAUUUUACUUUGUCUCAAUUUCAAAAGAAUCUGACCUCUAAAAUGGUCUUGAUGUUUCUUGGCAGAGUAGCCAUCGUCAUUUACGCUAUUUACAGUAAAUAAAUAUAAUUUCAUAUCA